UGUUCAGGGUAGUCCUGUGUUCUGUGGGUAGUGUUCAGGGUAGUUCUGUGUGGAGUGUUCAGGGUAGUUCUGUGGGUAGUGUUCAGGGUAGUCCUGUGUUCUGUGGGUAGUGUUCAGGGUAGUUCUGUGGGUAGUGUUCAGGGUAGUUCUGUGGGUAGUGUUCAGGGUAGUCCUGUGUUCUGUGGGUAGUGUUCAGGGUAGUCCUGUGUUCUGUGGGUAGUGUUCAGGGUAGUUCUGUGUGGAGUGUUCAGGGUAGUUCUGUGUUCUGUGGGUAGUGUUCAGGGUAGUUCUGUGUUCUGUGUGGAGUGCUCAGGGUAGUUCUGUGUUCUGUGUGGAGUGUUCAGGGUAGUUCUGUGUUCUGUGGAGUGAGGCGGAGCCGAGCCGGCACAGAGGAAGUGAGGCGGACCAUAACAAACAAGGCCUGAUAAAACCAAGACUAUUGUUCCCCAGAGGUGGAAGGAAGCAGCUAAACAACAUUCCUUGUUGACAGACCGAGAGUAGGGAGAGAGAGAGAAAAGAAGGAGAGUUGGAGGGGAAAGUUAACAGGGAGAGAGAGAGAUGUUGGGUUUAGUCAGUGGGUUCCCUGGGUUCUCCUCAGCUUUACAUAUAGAGCAGUUAGCAGGGCCAGUGUGGGUUGUGUCUCAUGCUAAUGCUAGCUAGCUGCUGUGGAACUAGUAAACCAACUGGAUAUGGAUAGGAUUAUGGGUUACUGAAGCCAGGGCUAUUAACAUACAACACUGAAUAUAACUGAAAACCAUGUUUGAAUGGAGUUGGAAAAGAAGUGGACUUUGAGUUUUGAAGACUUGAACUAGACACCCAGGAUGGAGGCGUCCUGUCUGGAGCUGGCUCUGGAGGGGGAGCGGCUGUGUAAGGUGGGGGACUACCAGGCGGGCGUGUCCUUCUUCGAGGCGGCCAUCCAGGUGGGCACAGAGGACCUGCAGGUGCUGAGCGCCAUCUACAGCCAGCUGGGCAACGCAUACUUCCACCUGCACAACUACACAAAGGCCCUGGAGUACCACCACCAUGACCUGACCCUCACCAGGACGAUAGGAGAUCUGCUGGGGGAGGCCAAGGCCAGCGGUAACCUUGGCAACACGCUGAAGGUGCUGGGGCGGUUUGAGGAGGCGGUGGUGUGCUGUCAGAGACACCUGGACAUCGCCAGAGACCUGCACGACAAGGUGGGCCAGGCGCGGGCGCUGUAUAACUAUGGCAACGUGUUCCACGCCAAGGGGAAGAGUAUCUGCUGGAGCGGGGCGGAGCCUGGAGACUUCCCCGACGACGUCAUGACCGCCCUCAGGAAUGCUGCCGAAUACUACGAGGCUAACCUGUCCAUAGUGAAGGAGCUGGGAGACCGAGCCGCGCAGGGCAGAACCUACGGUAACCUGGGCAACACUCACUACUUGCUGGGAAACUUCCGGAAGGCAGUGGCCUCCCAUGAACAGCGCCUCCUGAUCGCUAAGGAGUUUGGCGACCGCUCGGCAGAGAGGAGGGCCUACUGUAACCUUGGCAACGCCUACAUCUUCCUGGGAGAGUUUGAGGUGGCGGCCGAGCACUACAAGAGGACCCUGCAGUUGGCCAGGCAGCUGAAGGACCGUGCAGUGGAGGCCCAGGCCUGCUACAGCCUGGGCAACACCUACACUCUGCUGCAGGACUAUGAGAGAGCCAUCGACUACCACCUCAAACACCUCAUCAUAGCCCAGGACCUGAACGACAGGAUUGGUGAAGGCCGUGCGUGCUGGAGUCUGGGGAACGCCCACACAGCCCUGGGGAACCAUGACCAGGCCAUGCACUUCGCUGAGAAACAUCUGGAGAUCUCCAGAGAGACCGGAGACCGCAGCGGAGAGCUCACAGCUCGGAUGAACGUGUCAGAUCUUCAGAUGGUCCUGGGGCUGAGUUAUAGCACCAACAACUCCAACCUGUCUGAGAACAAGGAGAUAGAUUACAACAUGCAUGGAGCUCGGCCCAGGAUGGGCAGGAGACACAGCAUGGAGAACCUGGAACUGAUGAAGCUCACCCCUGACAACAAGAUCAAUGGUCAGACGUGGACCAGUGACCCCCUGACCAAGCAGUCCAAGCCGUCGCUGGGGAAGAGCUCGUCCAAGCUGUUCUUCGUGAGCCGACUGCGGGGGAAGAAGCACAAGGCGGGGGGGUCCAACAAGGUGCUGCAGGACACGUCCAACACCCAGGACGCCAGCCUGCAGCCUACACAGGGCCCACACAAGCGGGCCAGUCCUGACCUCCUGGGAGACGAGGGCUUCUUUGACCUGCUCAGUCGUUUCCAGAGCAACCGCAUGGACGACCAGCGCUGCUCCGUCCAGGACAAGAGCCGCCUGUCAUUCGCCUCCGAGCCGGACACGCCCCCUCCCGCCAUCAGGAAAUCUGUAUCAGAGUCAGCGGCGGUCUCUAGCUUGGGCUCCGCCCCCCAGGCUCGGCGGUUAGAGGCGGCAGGGGGAGCGGGGGGCAGUCUGCCUGGCCUUCGGCUCACCCAGCAGUGCAGCCAGGCGGUCCUGAACCACCUCAUGGCCAGCGACUCCGAGCCUGACGACGACUUCUUCGACAUGCUCGUCAAGUGCCAGGGCUCCCGUCUGGACGACCAGCGCUGCGCCCCCCCUCCCCCUCCCGCCCGCGGCCCCACUGUCCCAGACGAGGACUUCUUCAGCCUCAUCAUGCGCUCACAGGCCAAGCGCAUGGACGAGCAGCGCGUCACCCUGCCCUCCAGGACCAGUGCCGACUGAACCCUGCCCAGGGACGGGCCUCCCAGGCGGGCACGAGGAGCGGGAAGGGGGGGGGGGGUCUCUCUGGAGGAAACUGUCCUGGAGGGAAGGUGUCUCCUCUCCAGUGGGGAGGAAGAGGAGACUCCACAGGGGGGUCUCUGUGGUUUAUAAUGGACUUUGAUGUAGCUAAUGGACCCAUAAAAAGCACUGCCAGACUGUAGUCAAGGAAACCUCAGCGGAACUUUCCGGAACCCCACUGGAAGGUUCCGGAACUGCACAGGAGCACUCUGGAACCCGCGAGGGUGCUAAUGGAAGGAACUUGCGGUUCUUCCGUGAGCUUUCGGUGGAUUGAGAACGUUCUACUCUGCUAGAACUCUUUAAGCUGCACACACAUCAUGUAGCCUAGUUUCAGGGAACACCAUUUGUUUUUUAAAUGUUUUUAUUCUUGUUUUUAAAUAAUUAUGUACUCCGUAUAAUUUCACUAUCACUACCCCCUACCAACCCAAAUGUAUCCUUAGAUACCAGACUGCAGUAGGGAUGGUGUUUAUCUGACUUGUAAUGAUUCAGGUUGUGGUUGAUGGUCAGGUGUGCUGUGGUCCACCUGGUCAGGUUUGGGGAAACAUUCAUGCUCUUACUAACCAGGGGUUAGACACAACACAGGUACAGCAUCUCCAUGGAUUCAGGAUCGUUUUUUUCUUUGUCAGCUGUGUAUAUGUUUGUCAGGUGUUAGAUUGAGGAGUCCAGGGGUUGGGGCAGGAGUUUGUAAUUUGGGUAAAAGAGUAAUACAGAAAUUGUAUGAAUUCGUCCAUGUACAGUUCUGUUAUGUUGUAGUUUAUCUACAGUUUUGCUGUUUUCAAAAUGAGACUGGAGGAAUAAAACCUCAACUAUUUAGUAGAGAAAGCCCUGGUUUGGUCGUUUGUGUGUACUAUUGCGAAUACUAUUGAGGCUAAUGCCGAACGCAAGAGAUUGGGUUCAAAUCUGGCUCAGGCCAUUUUCGGCCCCUUUCUCCCCCCAAAAAUAACACAUCUGAAGUGAAAGGCUUUUAUUUCAAUACCACCGCGGCAUCCACACCUCAACAAGCUCUAUAUUCAUUAACGAUAGUCACUUUUUAAAACUAGGUUUAGAAAAGCAAAAUACAGGAGCCAUUAUAAUAUAUAUCAACAGAAAACCAUUGACUGUACAUACGUUAAAAAUGAGCGAUAAAAUAAAUACAUCUAUGUACGUUUUGGCCUUUUUAGUUUAAAAAUUGAACACCUGUACAGACGUAACGGUUACAAAGUAUUACAAACUCAAGCUUGUGUCUGGCGAAACGAAACCAAGA